GCCCCCCCCAAAAAUGGCAGGCGUCCGCAUCUACCGACGCCGCCGCUACCACUGGCCCGAACUCCAGCUCAACAUCUGGUUAAUCAUCGUCUUAUCCGGCAACGCCAUCUGUCUAGGCAUCUUCGCCUGGUUCAUGUCCGUCCAGAACGAGCUCCAUCUGGAUAUACCAUGGCUCUUCCCCUACAUGACCGUGACCGCCGCCCUCGGCCUCUUCUUCAUCAUCCUAAUUUACGUCCUCACGGCCCAACGCUUCCUCCUACCGGGCAUCAUCCUCGUGGGCAGCUUCAUCCUCUUCGCCCUGUGGCUGACCGGGUUGAUCGAGACGAGCCUGCAGAUGUACGGUGUCGUCGCCAACGUCGACAGCAACUGCCGGAAUUUUAUUUUGGUCAAAAACCACCCCACCGGCGAUAAUCUCCAGACCUUGGCGUGGUUGACCGAGAGUACAAUCUGUAAUUGCUGGAGAACGGCGUUUGCGUUCGAAUUGAUUAAUACCAUCUUCUAUGCGUGGAUGAUGAUCAUGUCGUGGCAGGUGCAUCGGGAUAUUUAUCGAUGAUUUUUCCCUUUUCCUUUUUAUUGGUUCCUUUCUUUUGGGGGGGACCUACCUAGUACUCUACAUAGUAUAACUUGAAGUUGUGCGAGGAGGGCAGGUGAGAAAAUGCUGGUGAUGGUUAUGAUUGGAUGACUAGGAUCUUGAUGUUUCUCAUUGAUGUGAUGGAUGUGAGAUGAUUGCAUGACUUGACUCAUUGGCUGCUCUGAUGUAUGAACAAUCUACCUUAUGUGUAUUCUUAUUUCCUUUUCUCCCCUUUAAGUUUUUGUCUUUCUCUUCCUACUGGUCGAUAGUCAUAUGUCCAUCUGCGAAAGACACCUAGUCU